AUGGCCCAGUUGUCUAAGGUGCCGCUCUUCGCUGUAAAGAGUUGCAAGCUAAGGGAAGGGAUGGCCCAGUUGUCUAAGGUGCCGCUCUUCACUGUAAAGAGUUGCAAGCUAGGGGCAGGGAUGGCCCAGUUGUCUAAGGUGCCGCUCUUCGCUGUAAAGAGUUGCAAGCUAAGGGCAGGGAUGGCCAAGUUGUCUAAGGUGCCGCUCUUCACUGUAAAGAGUUGCAAGCUAGGGGCAGGGAUGGCCAAGUUGUCUAAGGUGCCGCUCUUCACUGUAAAGAGUUGCAAGCUAAGGGCAGGGAUGGCCAAGUUGUCUAAGGCGCCGCUCUUCGCUGUAAAGAGUUGCAAGCUAGGGGCAGGGAUGGCCCAGUUGUCUAAGGUGCCGCUCUUCGCUGUAAAGAGUUGCAAGCUAGGGGCAGGGACGGCCCAGUUGUCUAAGGCGCCGCUCUUCGCUGUAAAGAGUUGCAAGCUAUGGGCAGAGAUGGCCCAGUUAGCUAAGGUGCCGCUCUUCGCUGUAAAGAGUUGCAAGCUAAGGGCAGAGAUGGCCCAGUUAGCUAAGGUGCCGCUCUUCGCUGUAAAGAGUUGCAAGCUAAGGGCAGGGAUGGCCCAGUUGUCUAAGGUGCCGCUCUUCGCUGUAAAGAGUUGCAAGCUAUGGGCAGAGAUGGCCCAGUUAGCUAAGGUGCCGCUCUUCGCUGUAAAGAGUUGCAAGCUAAGGGCAGGGAUGGCCAAGUUGUCUAAGGCGCCGCUCUUCGCUGUAAAGAGUUGCAUGCUUUAG